AUGACCUUAAUGGCGCUAGGUUCACAAUGCUUGUGUGUUUUGAAAGCAUCAAUGUUAGCUAAUCAUUUAUACAUUUUAUAGAUUCGCUAAAUCCAGACGAUAAUAAUCGCAGAUCUGGGCCAGACACACGGUAACUCUACUUUCGUCAAUUUAGCGUGUCCUAUACUGUAGCUAGCUAUUUGCCUAAGACUAACGUUAUCAGCAAACUGUGCAUGACUUCUCAAAUCAAAUGUUAUCAGUCGAACUACUUGUAGCUAAUCAUUCAUUGUGGCUAAUUUGUUGAUAUCGGUAUAACCGCUAACUUGCUAGAGCUAAUGAACAUGUUUUAUCAUAGCUUUUGCUCAUCUUUCUUGCUCCUCCCAUCUCCAAACAGUCAGGAACAGCUAGCUGUUCAUGAGUCCCUAAUUGUCAACUCCCGACAGUACGACAGAAUUGUGAUGGGAUAUGGCGGCACCAGAAACUCAGCUCAUGUUAAGCGUUGGAUUAAUUGGUAAGAAAAUAAAUACCGUUCCCUUUUUCUAAUUAUUUUUACCCUGCUUUUUUGGUUGAUGCAUGCCAAGUUUGCUCCUGUUUGGCUUUAACCGGCAUCACAUGAUAUCAACAAAGAUUUUUUAUAACUAACCCAAGAUAGUCCACAGCCUGUCGUUUCCAAUGGGAGCAAAUUAAUCAUAGAGGGCAAAACAAGGUGGGCAGAGCCAAGCCCGAGCUAGCGAGAUUCUAUUGGCGCGUUCUAGCAUGUAUUUGCAUAUUUCCGUUAGGGAACGCAAUAACUAAAUUCGCCCUUGCAUUCCUUCUAAAGAACUACAUUUUUAGAAACUUUGGCAAAGGGUAAAGUCUACAAAACGUGGUCCACCCUGUUCGUAACAGAUUCUAAUUUAGGAAACAGAAAGCUGUAUUAAGAUCAAAUGUUUCACUGAUGGAAAAAUUUGCUAAAUGUUAGCCAAAAUCCAUCUCACUCUAUCUUCUCCCAAUGCCGGCCACUGGGCUUCCUCUCAUCACCAUAUUUGGUAGUGAUAGGAAACGCCAACCAGAUGCUUCACAUUUAUACAGUUGAAGUCGGAAGUUUACAUACACUUAGGUUGGAGUCAUUUAAAACUCUUUUUUUAACCACUCCACACAUUUCUUGUUAAAAAACUAUAGUUUUGGCAAGUCGGUUAGAACAUCUACUUUGUGCAUGACAGCUACUUUGUGCAUAACAUAAGUAAUUUUUCCAACAAUUGUUUACAGACAGAUUAUUUCACUUAUAAUUCACGGUAUCACAAUUCCAGUGGGUCAGAAGUUUACAUACACUAAGUUGACUGUGCUUUUAAACAGCUUGGAAAAUUCCAGAAAAUGAUGUCAUGGCUUUAGAAGCUUCUGAUAGGUUAAUUUACAUCAUUUGAGUCAAUUGGAGGUGUACCUGUGGAUAUAUUUCAAGGCCUACCUUCAAACUCUGUGCCUCUUUGCUUGACAUCAUGGGAAAAUCAAAAGAAAUCAGCCAAGACCUCAGAAAACUAAUUGUAGACCUCCACAAGUCUGGUUCAUCCUUGGGAGCAAUUUCCAAACGCCUGAAGGUACCAUGUUCAUUUGUACAAACAAUAAUACGCAAGUAUAAACACCAUGGGACCACGCAGCUGUCAUACCGCUCAGGAAGGAGACGCGUUCUGUCUCCUAGAGAUGAACGUACUUUGGUGCGAAAAGUGCAAAUCAAUCCCAGAACAACAGCAAAGGACCUUGUGAAGAUGCUGGAGGAAACAGGUACAAAAGUAUCUAUAUCCACAGUAAAAUUAGUCCUAUAUCGACAUAACCUGAAAGGCCGCUCAGCAAGGAAGAAGCCACUGCUCCAAAACCGCCAUAAAAAAGCCAGACUACGGUUUGCAACUGCACAUGGGGACAAAGAUCGUACUUUUUGUGAAGCACGGGGGUGGCAGCAUCAUGCUGUGGGGGUGCUUUGCUGCAGGAGGGACUGGUGCACUUCACAAAAUAGAUGGCAUCAUGAGGAAUGGACAAUGACCCCAAGCAUACUUCCAAAGUUGUGGCAAAAUGGCUUAAGGACAACAAAGUCAAGCUAUUGGAGUGGCCAUCACAAAGCCCUCACCUCAAUCCUAUAGAACAUUUGUGGGCAGAACUGAAAAAGCGUGUGUGAGCAAGGAGGCCUACAAACCUGACUCAGUUACACCAGCUCUGUCAGGAGGAAUGGGCCAAAAUUCACCCAACUUAUUAUGGGAAGCUUGUGGAAGGCUACCCAAAACGUUUGACCCAUGUUAAACAAUUUAAAGGCAAUGCUACCAAAUACUAAUUGAGUGUAUGUACACUUCUGACCCACUGGGAAUGUGAUGAAAGAAAUACAAGCUGAAAUAAAUCAUUCGCUUUACUAUUAUUCUGACAUUUAACAUUCUUAAUAUAAAGUGGUGAUCCUAACUGACCUAAGACAGAUAAUUUUUACUAGGAUUAAAUGUCAGGAAUUGUGAAAAACUGAGUUAAAAUGUAUUUGGCUAAGGUGUAUGUAAACUUCCGACUUCAACUGUACAUCCAGGGAAAUAUGUCUCAUUGUUCUAUCUGUGAUAUCAAUGUGAUGAAGUAUUUGACCAUCUUUUGAUUUUACUCCCUGUAAGCAUGAGAACAGUUCAAUUUCAUUAAAGAUCUGGUAAUAUUGAUAAUAAUGAGUUGUGAAAGCAAUACGACACAGGAUUCUCAUGUUCUUCCCCACACAGAGAAAGACAUGAAUGCGGACACCUUGUGGGUGUGGUGCUAUCCCUCAGUCAGUGCUGAGUUUCGGGAGGUCCUGCUCAGUAAGUGCUGUCUCAGACAGGACAGCCAUGGUUUGCACACUUUUGUGUUCGGCCAGUUCUGCCGUACCUGGUACUACAUAUCCACUGUAGAGGUGCAGGAACCCACCGCCCUAAAGAAGGUACAGUUACUUUUGAAAUUCUUCAUUCAUUGAAAUAAUUGUAACUUGUAGGUCUAAUGAGAAGGUAAAUUAUAUUGCUCGUAUUUCUCUCCUUUUAGGUCACACAUUUUUCAAUAGUUGUCACAGCAAAGGACUUCAACCCUGAGAAGUAUGCAGCAUUCAGUCGAGUACUAUGCAGGUACAGCAUACUACACUAAUGCAUCCCCAUGGCUAAAUGUCUGCUUAUUUAAUACUUCCCAAAAAUGUAUUUCUUCAUUAAUUUCUUCAUGUGUAUUUUAUCAUUCAGGAUGUACAUUAAACAUGGAAGCCCAGUGAAAAUGAUGGAGGGUUACAUUGCAGUCCUCACCAAAGGCAUCUGCCAGAGUGAUGAGAAUGGCUCCUUUCUCAUCAAGGACUACGAUGUCAGGAAGGCGUAUUUAGCAGGCUCAGUGAAAGGUUACACAUGUACAAAUAUACAACACUUAUUACAGUAUAAGGACAUGACUGUUCAUACAAGGUGCUUGACACUAUCCAGUUUCAUUAUUGGCAUGCAAAGAAGCAUGUCCAUGAAGAAGCUGAUCCCAUUUGUUUAACAGGAUUAGGUAGACUAUCUUGUGAUUACGGUUUCAGAUGUGGUGUCCCAGUUUGGGAUGGAGACCAUCAUCCUGUACACAGCCCUUAUGCUAAAGAAGAGGGUUGUGGUCCAUCACCCUCGGGUUGAAGCACUGUUGGAGUUCACAAGGUGACUAUGGCAAUAGAGAAAAUGCACCGAAGAAAAUGCGGCCGAAGAUGUAACAUGCGUUUCCCAAAACACAACCACCGCGCAGAGAUAGAGAGUUCGCUAAGUGAUGGGAUCGAAAGAAACACCGCUGCUCUCGGAUCAGCGUUCUCCCUUUCAAAUCUUACCUUAACAUUAGAAUUAUUCCACAAUACUGAUGACAGAUCAGCUCCUAUGAGAUAUUAUCACCUAUCUCUACAAAUAUUGAGGCGGCUUAUUCUAAUGCUUAUCCUAUAUGCACUAAAUUAAGAUUUGACACAUCAUUGCGCACAUGUAGGCAACCCUCAUGAUGUAGAUUGAGGCAAAAAUAACAGACAGUAGCGUACAAAUAGCUAAAUAAAACUCAAUUGAAUUAACAAGAAAUAUCAUUGAAAUAAAUAGUGCCUAUACUGAAUUUAUCUUUUAGUACAGUCAUCUCGGUUUUUAUUUGAAGCAUCUUAUAUCCUUCGCUUGUUUGUAUCAGUUGCAAAGACAUUGGCAACUUUGUAUUUGUAGUCACAAUCGGUCUGAAGUAAUCAGCGGUUACAGAAAGACAGAUAAACAUCUUGACACGGAAGGGCAAAAAAGCAUCUAAUGACUCACUUAGCUGUUCUACUAGUGGUCUGAUGCAGUCGUUAAAUAACAAGCCUUUUCAAGUGCAACUUUAGUAACGGUGGUUUUGGUAAACAGCUCUGAGAUUUAACAAUGCUCCUACGUAGGUUCUAACGAUGAACUUUUCCUUAAGAUGCUUUUAGGAAACUGGGCCCAGACCUCUGACUGUUCAUGGACUUCAUUGUAGAAGUGGAUUACAAUUUAUGUUUUUGAGAGAACAUUAUAAUCAUUAUAUCAAAUGUAUGAUUUGAUUGUAUUUUUCCUUCCUAGAGCUCUUCCAGCUCUGACAUGGCACCGGAAAGACUGGUCCAUUCUGUACCCUUAUGUCCACCUGACUAACAGUGAGCUAGAGAAUCUCAGGACAUGCACUGGUGAGGAUGUCUGGUUCAUUAGAUCCACAUUAAAGCAAACUGAUUCAGACUUGGGUCGUGUUCAUUAAACACCAAAGAGAAGAACAUGGACUGUAACAGGGAGGGACUUCCUUAACCUGUCCAAUAGAAUACAUUCCUUUUCUGUUGCAACAUGUUUUAAAUGUUUUCCUUUGCGUGUCCUAAUGAACACAACCCAGAUAUUGAACGGAUCCCCAUUGUCUCCCAACAGUCAGUUCUACACACACACACACACACACACACACACACACACACAGGAAGACUCAUUCAAUAAUUGACUUGCAGUAAAUGUAUUUACUUGUCUGUUGUUUUGAAAAUAUGUUCCUCUAAGAUUCUCAACCUAGAGUUCAGUGAGUACCCCCAUCUGCACUGUCCCUGAAAAGCCUUAUGGUGAAGAAAUGAAUAUUUGAUUCACCCAUAUGCUCACUGUCUCUGCAGGAUAUGUCGCAGGAUUUGUUGAUCCAGAAGUGAGCAACAGAUCGGACUUGUUUGAUGUGUAUGUAAACCUCCCAGAUAGUGAGAUUACCGUAUCCCAGAGUGCCAAAGGUGGGUGUCUCAAUUCGAAUCUCCUUCCUAUUACUGUAAAAGACAGUCUGUUCAAAGUGAAGAAUGCUCUGUAUCUAAAAAAUGUAACUGAAGGAAGAGAAACCUUGCUACCUAGUCCUCCCUCAUUAUCCCAAUGCAAGCGUCCACAAUUUCUUAAACAAUAUGACAUCUAUCUAUCUAUCUACUGUAUCUAUCUAUCUCUAUACACCAAAGAGGCCAUGGCUAUGGGAAAGCUGCACAAAGACAUUGGGCUCGUCAUUGUCCAGUCUGCAGAGGAUCCUGAUAGAACAGAUGGGCAGGUUAUCAAGGUGAGAGUUGAAAGCACACAUCCUUACCAUUAAUUAUUCUGUGAUCAGAGAAGGUGUGCGGUAUGUAUUUUCUAAGAUUUUCAGUGUAAAAAACAAGAUUUACAGUGUAAAAAACAAGAUGUACAGUGUUUAUACAGUAAAAAAUUAAAAGUAAUACAUUGUGCUAAAUACUUGGAUACUUAUAAUAACAAUCAUUAAAAAAGCUGUCUGUUUGCUAUGAUGUUUUCAGGACAUUUCCAUAAAGACGAGGGAGAUCCUUGCUAACUUGACGUCAUUAGCCGAGGAAUGUGAGAACUCUAAAAUCACCCUCGAGACCUUAAAGCAGCAUCACUUCCCGCCUGCUACGGAGAACUUCCUGUUCCACUUGGCAGCUGCUGAGCAGCUCCUCAAGAUAUGACCCUUGACCUCCUACAUCGUGUAACAUGCCAUGUGGCGUGAGGACACUGAAUAUUAGCAUGGGCAUUCAUCUAUGUAAUUAUACAUACAGUGGCAUGUUAAGGAGAAUGGGAAGAACUCGGGUAUCACACACUAUUGCAUUCCUGACUCUUAACAAUACUAACAAAGCCUACUUUUUACAAUGUAACAGUCAAAUGAGAUAUACAGACAUUGUCUUGUUUUGACAAUAAUACAAUAACAGCAUUUACAUAGCAUUCCAUAGUUCAGCAAUUCAAUAGUUUAUUUUAAGACCGUUAACAGAUUCAUUUGAGUUCUCAAGAACCUUGAUUUAUCCUGUUAGAUUUCAGAAUUUAAAGAAACAGAUCAAAGGCAAAUAUGAGAAAUAUGUAUACUGAACAGAAAUAUACAAUAAAUGCAACAAUUUCAAAGAU